GUACCUUUUAAUUGCAUACAUAGUUAAGAUAACUUUGUCUCGAAAUCCAUACAGCAAUCAGUACAUACACUCCAAUAAAAAUGAAAAUAUCCACAAUUUUUUUGUACAUUUUACUCGUCGCGUUAUCCUGUCUGAUUGUGUGUACCGUAUCAGUGCCAAUUUUAAACGUCACAACAACAACGCCCGUACCAACCCCAGAAAUUGAGAAGAUAUCCAAUAAGAGACCACUCGUCAUUCUGGUUUGGUGUCCUCAGAAUGACUCGUCUUCUUGUCUUAAUAAUACCGUAAACUCGGAAAAAUGGAGGCAAAUUAGUCAACCCACGCGUGACGUUGUUGCCGCUGCGAUUGGAGGUGGGAUUGGCGCCGCGUUGGGUGGCGCUGUCGGAGGUGGAAUAGGAUCCUUAUCUUUUGUUCCUUUCGCCGGGUCAAUAGUUGGAGCCUCAACUGCCGCGCUAGGAGGAGGCGUUGGGGGUGCGCUCGCCGGAGGACAAGGUGGAGCAAUUGGUGGAGCGCUCGGAGGCGGCGUUGGUGGCGGUAUCGGUGGGAUUCUCGGAGCCCCUGGCGCAGCGAUAGGUGGUCUCGCCGGAGGAAGUCUGGGGGCUGGCAUCGGUACUUAUUACCUUUCCAACGGCACAUUUCCCGACGUCGUUGGUACUCUCAACGCGACCCUCGUCCCCAUUUCGAACCUUGUCGGACCAACGAUCAACUCCACGUGGAACUCUUUCCUGUCCGAUGUCCUUCUAAUCGGACCAGAAGAGAACAUUCUCACGCUUCUGGGAGACUAUGAGGAGGAUUUACUUGUUGAAACUUAACUACAUUUAAAUUAACUAUUGUUAACUAUUAAUGACUUGUGGAUGGGUUGGACCUAUUUACAGAUCAGUAUCAUUUUAUUGUCUGAUCUGGUGGCCAAUCCUUUGAUAAAAAAUAAAGUGAAAGGGUGCAGUGCCUCUCAAUUCUCAAUGUACAUACAUUAAUUGCAGUAGAAAUAAAUUGAACAGGAAAUCUC